AUGUAUUCCUCCUAUCUUUGCAGCAGUGACGGUUCCGUACUUGCAACAAACGAGAGCAAGGUUUCCAAUGGUAGCACGACGGAUGGUCACCAGCUUGUUUCUGCUUUUCAUGACAUUCGCAGCACGGAACCUCUGACGACCCGUGCGUUCCGACACCUAUACACUGCCAAACUACCCAAUGCCCUUUCGACCAAGUUUGGUGUUCUUUCUGCUUCGCGCUGGCUUCAGUUUUGGGACGCCACGAAGAUGUUCCACCCAGCCCGCAACAUUUGGUUCCGCGCAAUCCACCACACACUCCCACGUGUUGAACGCCUCCACGCAAUUGAUUUAACAUUCAUGCCGGUCUGCUUUGUCUAUAAUGUCGUCAAGCAACUUACUCCCUCCAACAUUAUCUUAUUUCCUGUCCUUUACGAUGGCAAGUCUGUGUUUAAAGAAUAUUUUGGUAGUAGCCAAGAUGCAUCUCUCUACGAAUUCGUUCAAAAAAACCAGGAUUAUAUCAUUCAAAAGCAAGAACCAUGUGGUAAUAUUGGUGCCACUUGGAAUCAGCAUUUCAAGAAGGCAUAUAUGCAUUACUUUGAUGGUCGUAAACCACCGAAAUCAACAAAGUCUGUAAACUGGGGUUACUUGUUAUUGAAGUUAUUAAAGAAACAAACCCCCAGUUCCCAUGCGUCUAUUGGUUCAAGCACUUGUCACUCUGGUGAAAUCACUGGCGAACUUGCUGCUCCCUCUGCUAGAAUUUUUGACGAACCUGCUAAAACCGCUGCUGGUACCGCUGGUGCACCUUUUGGAACCUCUGCUGAAAUCUCUGGCGAAUCUGCUAAAACUACCCCGUCAUCGUCUACACCUCAUAUAGUUACACCGGAAUUUUUUGAAUAG